AUGACGGAGUUGGAUCCCAUCAUCACGGCCGACGUACCUUUGUUCCACAUACUACCAAGGCUGCCUGUGAAGUCUCUUUUCCGUUUUUCAUGCGUUUCCAAGCAAUGCCGCCCUUUGCCAUUCAAAGUCGGACCUCAUCAAAAACUGUCGAUUGUAACAUCUUUGCAUGGAAUGAUAUGCGUACUCCUAACCAAACCUAGGAUGUUGUUUGAAUACUCUGAUCUAAUUUUAUGGAAUCCUGUGACGGAUGACUAUAAGACGUUGUCUAAAGCCGGUUCUCAUAAAGAUUGUUAUAAGAUCCAUGGACAUCAAUUUGGUUUCUAUUAUAGCUCUUCUGAGGAUGACUACAAGCUUGUAUGUGUAACCCGCCAUCCGAAUGCCUACAUAUACUCUUUGAAAUCCGACUCAUGGGGAAAAGUCGAGUCAAGUGUUUUGUUGCAUGAAAAUCCUUCUUUCAUGUUUGAGUUUGAACAACUCCUGGCUUCAAAAUCAUAUUCAAUUAUGACGUCCGACACAAAGAUGUCUGAAAAGUUAAGAGAUGUGGGAACCACCCGUUUCAAAAAUCGUAGGACAGAUUGUAUGGGUUUCAUGAUUGUAAGAGGGUGCAUUCACUUCUGUGUUGCAAUUAUAAAUUCUGUAGGUCGGUAUGAUACGAUCGAGUUGUGGAGGAUAAAUAGAUAUGGAUACUGGGACAAGGUGGUAACUUCUUCCCCGAAAGAGCAUUUGUCUUGUGAUGACCAGCCAUUGCACUUGAUGAGGAAUGGAAAUUGGCUCAUGCAUUCCAAAUGGAAAGAAUAUGUAUACGUACUAGAUACGAAGAAACAUACCGAACACAUCAUGUGUUCCAUUAGCAUGUCUUUCAAACCAGCAGGGAAAUACAUGGAGACUAUGGUGUCACCCAAUCAGUAUAUGAAUUAA